AUGUAUAUUCGGCUGCUUCAGGUUGUUUCUAUCUAUCUAUCUAUCUAUCUAUCUAUCUAUCUAUCUAUCUAUCCUUGUCCCUUCAUUAUCUAUUUAUCUAUCUAUCUAUCUACAUCAUUCACAUCAUUUAUUUCUGUCUCAGAUUUUCCAUAUUCUGUUCAUAUCUAUAUAUCUAUCUAUCUAUCUAUUUUAGUCUGUUCAUAUCUAUCCAUCUAUAUAUCUAUCUAUCUAUCUAUUUUAUCUAUCUAUCUUUCUAUUUUAGUCUGUUCUAUCUAUAUAUCUAUCUAUCUAUCUAUUUUAGUCUGUUCAUAUCUAUCUUUCUAUUUUAUCUGUUCAUAUCUAUAUAUCUAUCUAUCUCUAUCUAUUUUUUCUAUUUUAUCUGUUCAUAUCUAUGUUCUAUUUUAUAUCUAUAUAUCUAUCUAUCUAUCUAUAUAUAUUUUAGUCUGUUCAUCUAUCUAUUUUGUCUGUUCAUAUCUAUAUAUCUAUCUAUCUAUCUAUUUUAGUCUAUCUUUGUUCAUAUCUAUCUAUCUAUUUUAUCUGUUCAUAUCUAUAUAUCUAUCUAUCUAUCUAUCUAUUUUAGUCUGUUCAUAUCUAUCUAUCUAUCUAUCUAUCUAUUUUAGUCUGUUCAUAUCUAUCUAUAUAUCUAUCUAUCUAUCUAUCUAUCUAUUUUAA